GCCUCGUGUUUUUAUUUAGUAUUUUCAUAUAACGAGUGGUAAAAUAUGAUAAUUACCGUGUAAAUGUUCCCUCAGAAUGUCUGGGUACUUGGAGGUGAAGUACCCUUUGAAGUCAAACCUCGGAUUGAAUCCAUUUAAGUCUUGGAAGAGGCAAUGGUGCAUAUUGAGGCCGAGCCCGACGAGCUCGGGGGGAUGUCUGGCAGUAUAUUGCAGCGAGGCGGGUGCAGCGGCCGGAGCGGUGGAGUUGCCCGCGGGCUGCGUGGUGCGCCGCGCCAAGUCUCGCACCAGGCCCUACGCUUUCGCCGUAUUCGGCACCGAAGACAACAAACCGCGUGUACUGCUUGCAGCGUCCACCCUACACGACGCCAACUUGUGGAUGGACAAAAUUAGAACUUUGCUCUUUGAAGAUAAAUCGCUUGAGUCGGAAUCAGUUUUGAAAGACUGUUACUCGGUGAGCGUGGCCCCGACGGAGUUGUCGCGCAAGUGCGGCGUGCACGGCGACGGGGUGGCCUCGCUGAGCGCCCGCGGCGUGCGCCUGCAGCCGCGCGCCCUGCGCCCCGCCGCGCUGCUGCCCUGGCGGCACAUCGCCGCCGUCGCCCUGCGCACUGACCCGGCCGACAACCACAAAACUUGUGUGCUCACUAUCGAUAGGUUUGUUCCCUCCCACCCCUGUAUCCCACACGAAACGCGUCUUAAUUUUUCACAGUGCCUCGCGUACCCCAGCGGCGGCGGCGAGCUGAAGCUGUGGUGCGGCCUGGCGGGGCAGCUGGCGGCCGCCGUGGCGCAGGCGCGCCGCGCCGCGCUGCAGGACCGCCCCGACGGCGCGGUGCUGCCGCCGCGCGCGCACAACCUCAGCAAGAGCGACGGAGACCUCCGUUCCACCUCGCACUCUGACCUAGGCGAAAUCCGCCGCAGCAGCUGGUAUAGCGGGCCCUCCGAGGUGUCGCUCGACGACAUCGAUCUCAUUAUGUCCAAGGAAGCGAAGCGCAUUCCCAGCGGGCAGCUGUCGCGCUGCAGCGGCGCCGGCGACCUGGCGCCCGCCGCUGGCCGCGGCCCGCAGGUCAAGGCGCUCCAAGCCGCCACCUCCGAGGACAGCACGUCUGACCGGCGGUCGCUGGCGUCGGUGGCGUCGGGCAUCUACGAGGAGAUCCCCGACCUGCCGGAGGGCGGCGAGGCCGUGUACUGCGCCAUGGGCCUGCCGCGGCCGCGGAACGGCCCCGUCGAGGAGCCCACCUACGAGUCGGUGGCAGACUGCGUCUACGCCACCAUGCGUCGCACCGGCAAGCGCUUCCCGCCGCCGCCGCUGCCGCCGCGGCUGCCCUUCGGGACGAUGAAGCUGGGCGAGUCAUGGAACUCGCGCAUGAACUCGUCGGGCGACGGCGACGACGACUGCGCGGUGACGCGGCACGGCUCGCUGGGCUCGCUGCCGCGCUGCUGCAGCCUCAGCUCCGGCUCCUCGGCGGCCUCGUCCGCCACGCUGCCCGGCAAGGCCAAGCCGGCCUUCAGCGUCUUCAGAAAAAGGCUCAAGAGCGACUCGCGCGUCACCGGCUCCCCGAAGUCCGACGUGUCGAAGGAGAACAAGGACGUGGAGACGAAGAAGAAGAAGUUCGAGUUCGCGCCGACGCGGGACAUGUUCCGCAACUUCAAGAUGGGGCGCAAGGCCAAGGGCGCCAAGGCCGGCGGCGCGCUGGGCCAGGGCGAGACCAAGAGCUGCGAGUUCCUGGACGGAGGCCCGCCGGCCUCCUGCGGCCGCUGCGCGCGCUCCGAGGAGCGCCUGGACGACGACGACCUGGCCGUGGCCUUCGACGACGACGCGGCGGCGGCGCUGGCGCUGCCGCAGGAGAUCGUGGCGCUCAUCCUGCGCGCGCGCCGCCCCGCGCCCGCGCCCGCCCCGCCGGCGCCCGCGGCCGAGGGCCACUACCUGCCCAUGUCGCCGCUGUCUCCGCCGCUGCCGCUGCCGGAGCACCACUACAUCGCCAUGUCGCCGCGCGUGCGCCUCGCCUAGGCCCGGCCGGCGCGAUUCGAAUGCGUCGAUGUCGUUCGAGAUGUGGCGUCGAGUGACGUCAACGACGUUGCGACGACACGGCCGAUGUAAAAUUUAUAUUUUUAUAGAAUUUUUUCGCGAAAACCAAAAAUUUGAAUCGUGAACGCAAAAAUCGAACCCUUUCUGUGUAAAGCGCCGCUCGGGCGCGCGUUUGUUUGGUUUGUUUACGUAGAAGGUAAUUGUCGACUUUAAAAUUACGCUAUUAUACGACGUAAGAUUUGCAGACUUAACUCGUCGACGUAUAUGCUCAGAGCUUUUGUAUCGUGUUUAUACCGUUUAAGUUUUGUAACUUCGCACAGUAUUGGAAAGACAAGUGAAGUGUGGUAGCUAAUUAAUUAAUAUUAUUUAUAUCUGAAAGUCGGAUACUCGAAAACGUUUUCGAAUUAUAUACGACUUUUAGAAACCAUAUUACGUAAAAUUGGUUUUAGAUAACCUUUUCAAGAAGCGACUUUCGUCAAAUUAAUUCAGCAGUACAGCUGAACAUUGUGUUCAAAUUGUAAACUUAUA